AUGCUCAACAUAUGCAUAGGAGUUACCGAUGAGUCAAUUUACAACAUUGUCAAAAAUCUAACCGAAGCAGAGAAAAUAUCAAGCCGAAAUUCUCAGCCAGUGCUAGUAAAUCGUACAGAUACCCAGCGGCACUCCUUUCAAGAAAAACAAAGCAGUGCUGUAGAAGAGCCCAUAUUUACGGCGCAGGGAAAGAAGCCAAAUUGGUCCAUCACUUCGGGGUUGUUUGCCAGUAAAGAGAAAGAAUGGGGAAAGAAUAAAUUUGACUGUUUCCCGCCGUACUUGCGGAAACCUUAUGCUAGAGAGCCAGUAUAUGGUAAACCAAGGAAGUAUCCAGGGAUGUCGCCUUGGGGGUCGCCUGGGAGGUCACCUUACCAACGACAGAGGCCUUACUACAGAGACAGCGGUGGGUAUCCGUAUAGUAGAUACCGGGGAAGCGGAAAAGGGUUGGGGUUUGACGGAUGGUCGUCGAGCGAUGAUGACUGGGACUCUUGCUCGGGCGACGACGAUUUGUUUGGUUGGUCAAGUGGGAGCGACAACUCUGAUGGGUCCUCAUCGGAUGGGGACAGCGACAAAAAGGGUAAGAAAUUUUGGUUUUUGGGGAUGAGUGCUCCCGAGGAAGAUGCCAAGGAGCUGAGGAUGCAAUCUGUGGAUUCAGAGAUGCUAGUUCAAAGAGUUCGUUCUGCAUAUCCAAACUUGUAUACUAGUGAGGACACUAGAGCAAGUGUUGAUAAUACACAUUAUGGUUGUGGGAAGGAGUGUCCUCGCAGCAGACAGCAUACCGAAGAACCUGCGACAAAAAAACAGUACAGGCACUCUCACAAGCGGUCGCGCAGAGGUCUGAGGCCGAAACCGAUUCUUUACAAAAACACCCCUCGACGUCAUACCCACAUCCGUCGCAAAUGA